AUGAAAUUUGCCAUAGUAAUUGCCUGUGCUGCCCUUUCGGUAGCCAGCAUCGAUGCCGCCAGUGUGCAGCCGGGCGUGAAGGCGAUCGACAACCAACUCUACCGCCGCUACGUGUGCGUUCAUAAGCCCGAUGGAUUCCGCGCUCUGGUCCCCGGAAGUUGCUCCCAGUACUACGAGUGUCAGUCUGGUGUGGCUCUCGUCAAUGUCUGCUCCCGCUUUUUCGAUGCUACGGUCCAGGGAUGUGUCAACUACAACACCGGCUGCAUUGAGUAUCAGAAUGCAUCGCCUGUAGGAGGCUCGAUAGCCGCAGCUCCGUGUGCCGAGGAAACUACAACCUGUGCACCAGAAACUACAACCACAACAACCUGUAAACCAGAAAUUACAACCACAACCACUUGUGCACCAGAAGUUACAACCACAACAACCUGUGCACCAGAAGUUACAACCACAACAACCUGUGCUCCAGUAAUUACAACUACAACAACCUGUGCACCUGAAAUUACAACCACAACAACCUGUGCACCUACAACCACAACAACCUGUGCUCCUGUAAUUACAACCACAACAACCUGUGCUCCAGUAAUUACAACUACAACAACCUGUGCACCUGAAAGUACAACCACAACAACCUGUGCACCAGUAAUUACAACUACAACAACCUGUACACCAGAAAUAACUACUACAACAACCUGUACACCAAAAAUUACAACUACAACUACUUGUGCUCCAGAAAUUACAACCACAACAACCUGUGCUCCAGUAAUUACCACCACAACAACCUGUGCUCCAGUAAUUACAACCACAACAACCUGUGCACCAGAAAUUACAACCACAACAACCUGUGCUCCAGUAAUUACAACUACAACAACCUGUGCACCUGAAAGUACAACCACAACAACCUGUGCACCAGUAAUUACAACUACAACAACCUGUACACCAGAAAUAACUACUACAACAACCUGUACACCAAAAAUUACAACUACAACUACUUGUGCUCCAGAAAUUACAACCACAACAACCUGUGCUCCAGUAAUUACAACUACAACAACCUGUGCACCAGAAAUUACAACCACAACAACCUGUGCUCCAGUAAUUACAACUACAACAACCUGUGCUCCAGAAAUUUCAACCACGACAGCCUGUGCCCCAGAAGUUACAACCACGACAGCCUGUGCACCAGAAGUUACAACCACGACCUGUUCACCAGGUGAGGCAGCAAAGGCCGGUUCUUCGAAGGCCAGGCCAACAGCUGUGAAAGUGCGACCAGCGAGACCCGUGCGCCCUGCCGUUCGUCCCGCUUUGGAAAUCGAUCAGGUGUCGGCUCCUCAAGCGCAAGAGCUCAGCAUGUCCACCUAUACUAAGUACGUGUGCCGCAACAAGCCCGACGGCUUCAUGUUGGCUUCCCUGAAGAGCUGCUCCGACUACUAUAUCUGCCGGUAUGGAAAGCCAUUGUUGGUGAGCUGCGGCGAUAAGUACUUCAACGGUCUGAAGGGCAUUUGCGAUCUGCCAGAGAACACGCGUUGCGUGCAGCCCCAAGCAUAAAACUUCAUGAUGACUUCCUGAUUGAAAUCACCUACGAAAUAGCCUCGAAAAGCACUAACUGACCCCCACCUUGAAAUUUG